AUGCCGCACAAAGCGGUUGUGCGUCAGAAUGCUACGACAUCAAAAGUACAAAUGGUCUUCGAUGCGAGUGCAAAACAUAAUCCAUCGGCUGAGACCAUAAACGAUUGCAUGUAUACCUGCCCUCCGUUGCAACCACUUCUGUGGGACAUACUAGUACGAGCACGGUUAAUGCAGAAUCUUAUGUUAGCAGAAAUCGAGAAAGCUUUUCUUCAGAUUGAAGUGAAUAUAAUGAUGUGGGCUAAUAGUGAUUCCUUCAGAUUCCUAUACAAAGUAAAUGACAUGAAGAAACACCUACGAUUCACACGUGUGCCGUUCGGAGCACAGGCUAGUCCCUUUGUAUUAGGUGCAACAUUCCAACACCACCUCGGAAACCAACCCUCGGAAAAUCAAGAUACCGUCGACGCUUUGAAGAAAAAUACCUAUGUGGACAAUUUAAUGAACGGCGGCGAAGAUCUGAGUGGCUUGGUGAAAUUCAAAGAUGAAAGCCGAAGGAUCUUGGAAAGUGGAAAAAUUUCCCGUCCACAAAUGAGAAA